UUGAUAAUACGUUAUCACAAUUAAAGACAAAUUCAAACUACUCUCUUAGAUUUAUGUAAAAUUUAAUUAAUUAACUAAAUUUGUUUUCACUGGUAAAACAUUAUGUCUGGAAAAAUUGACACAUCGAUUAUUUUUGGAUCUCUACUUGAUCCCAUUCAAGAAGAUGAAGUUGUGAAACGUAAAGAUGGCGAACCACAGUUUGUUAAGGAUGAAAAUGGGAGGAGACGAUUUCAUGGAGCUUUUACUGGUGGAUUUUCUGCUGGAUUUUAUAAUACUGUAGGUUCUUUAGAAGGAUGGACACCCAGUAAUUUUAAGUCGUCAAGAGAUUCAAAAGCUUUGUUAAGAUCUCAAAAUGCAUAUGACUUUAUGGAUGAUGAAGACAAAAAAGAUUUGGGAAUUGAUCCAUCUAGUUUAAAAGUUAAAGCUGAGUACAGUGAUAAUUCUUCAAGAAAACGUCAUUUACCAGAAAUUAAUACUGGUCCAAUACCAGGAAAACCUGUUUUAGGAGAAAUAUUAAAACCUAUAAGAGAUACUUGGGGUGUUGAGUUACUUAAAAGUAUGGGGUGGAAACCUGGUCAAGGUGUUGGACCACAAGUUACACAAAAAGAAAAAUUACGAACAAAGAAAGAGCUAGAAACUGUUGGAAUGAAGUUUAAAACCAAUACUGCUUAUGACAAUGAUGAAGAUGAAAUUAAUGAAUUAUUAGGCAAUAUAAAAGUUUCCCCAUUUGAAUAUGAAUCUAUAUCCAUCAAACCUAAAACUGACACUUUCGGAUUAGGAUAUGAAGGUCUCAAACAAGCUAAUGUUUCAUCUAGAUUAACAACUCAAAAUAAGUAUAGUAAACUAACAAUUGGUGGAAAAUCAAUUCAUGGACAGGCAUUUGGUGUUGGGGCUUAUGAAGAUGACGAUGAUGAUAUUUAUGCAAUUGAAGAUAUGACAAAUUAUGAUUUUAGCUUAGAAAAUAAAUCUAUGAAUUUAAAAAAAAAAAAAUAUAUUGAUUGCAUUGAUACUGAUUGUUUAGAAAUUUUUGUAAAUGAAGAUGAUAUUUCAAAAAAUUUAUUUGAAAAAUUACCAUUACCUCCAAAUAUUCCACCUGAUUGGCGACCACAGGGAAUGGCUGAACGAAUUCUUGGUCAAUGUCCAGCUGAUUUUUUUAGUAAUACCAGUGGUACUAAUAAAAAUGUUAAUACAAGACAACGAGAAAUAAAAAAGCAUGAACCUCCACCCAAAGUAGAAGAUUUUAUUAAAAAAGAAGUCCCAAAUUUAUUAUCAACAAUUAUAUCUGAUAAGUUUAUUAGAGCAGUACUACCUGAUGAUUCUACUAAUGCUUUAAUUCCUGUUAAGCGCACCGUAGACCCAACAUUACAAAAACUUCAAGAAGCAGCUGACCAGAAAAAGUAUGGAUUUUGGACUCGCAGAAGUGAGUCAUGGGUGCCUGAUAAACUAUUAUGUAAACGGUUUAAUGUACCUGUACCAAAAGCAACUGUAAUAAAAUAUGAAGAUAAUGGAAGAAAACAUGGUGAAUGUAGCCUUUUUAGCUCUUUAGGAUUUGCACAACCUGAGCCAAUAUUUUAUGAUACAGUUGUUCCUGAUACAAAUUCCUUAAUCACUAAUGAUAUCAAUCAAAUUACAGAAGAUUCAUUAAAUUCUUCUUCAUUAAGGGAGAAAACUAUUGAUUUAGCUGUAAAGCCAAAUGUUGACUUUUUUAAAGAUAUCUUUUUAGAUGAUAGUGAUAUUGAAGAUUCUACUAAUGAACCAAGUGUUAGUGAGACAUCGACCAUUAUAUCUAAUACCAAUUCUAUGACUAAUACAAUAAUUAUAGCAGAAAAGAAACAUGAUACACCAGAAACAAGUCAUGGAACUAAUAAUUUUACACUCUUUCCUCCUAAAGGAAUUUUCGCAAAUUUAAAUUUUGAAGAAUUAUUUGAUAAUAAAAGUAAUAGUAAUAUUGAAAAUAAAAAUAAGUCUGAUAAAGUAUUAGUGGAUGAUAAGCCAUUAUAUGGUCCAUCUGUUUUACCAAUUGUUAGAAAUGUAAGUGUAGUUAGAUCAGUAGUAAAAACUCAAAGUUCAUCUGAUGAAGAAUGGAUAGAAAAGACUGAAAUUAAAAGUAAGAAAUCAAGUCAUAAACACAAUAAACAUAAAAAAAAACAUAAAAAUAAGAAGAAAUCUCAUAAGCACAAAUAGCUACUUAGCAUCUUUUAAUAAUUGAAAAAAGUGAAUUUCAUUUAAUUUUAGGAUUAAUAAUGUACAUAUUUAUUUUAUUAUUCUGACAUAAAAUGUUACUAUUGUUUUAAUUUAAAUAUAUAAUUUUUAAAUUGUGUUUA